AAUGCUUCUGCAUGGUGGUGAAUCCAUGAAAUAAUAGGUACUAUACCGACUUGUAGRCACUUAUCAACAACGAUCGUUAGAUUGCCAAGAAACCAUUCAAAAGAGAUAUCCUCGAUGUUUUUGCCGUGGUAUUUUGCUAGCAGCUCUGACGAUUUAAACCAGUUUGUUGAAAAUCCUUGAGCGAUGGUCUUUUGAUAGGACGAGGGAGUSRKAGGCUCWGAUUCAUCGCAACAAACGCCCACAAUWUUCAUCAAGACUGCAAAAAAUACUGCAUAAAACUUUAGCAUCGUUACUCCGAUCUACUKUUUUGUCUAAAACAGGCUAUUYCCUAUUUUUACGGGAUUCCUUUGGAGCAACCAAAGACUCACUCCUACCGGGAAAGUAAAAGMUUGCUCACCGGAAAUKRAAUUGUACAUUUGUUUACCAAAGUCACGAUGAUUUAGCAUUUUAAAAAUUGUAGAAGAAAAAUGUAUACGACACUAGAUUCGAAAGAUUUAUAUUGGGAUGAUAUUAUUAUGCCUUUUUGAUGAAGAAUAURCAAUUUCUUCGCCCAAUUUGUGGAUAUUUUAUAAGAUGUGCUGAAGAUCAUGUCUUGACGCUGUGACUGCGCAACCUUGGAAGACAAGAGGCAUGCCGCGUCACACAGAGCCAUAGCUGGUCCAACAGUUGCUAUUAAUCUCUGCAUUGUGAAUUAGAGGUUUWAUUCUUAACUUGUCAUGGCUGGGAUUAGACGAUCUGGACUAAUAUUACGUCAAUUAUUUGAUGGAGAAUCUUGCACGUUCACCUACAUCAUUGGCUGUGCAGCAACUAAGAAAGCUAUCAUUAUUGAUCCUGUUGAUACAAAGGUGUCUAGAGAUGCCAAGUUAAUCCAGGAACUAAAACUCAAUCUGGAAUACGCAGUCAAUACACAUGUACAUGCAGAYCACAUCACUGGUAGCGGAUUCCUUAAAGCACUACUUGGAUGCAAGACUGUCAUCUCUGAAGCAAGUAAAGCUAAGUCAGAUGUACAUCUCAAAGAUGGAGAAAUCCUCACUUUUGGGGAAAAGGAAAUUGAAGCCAGGGCAACACCUGGACACACACAUGGUUGCAUGACAUUUGUUGAUCACAGUGCAAGAGCAGCCUUUACAGGUGAUUCACUUUUGAUCAGAGCAUGCGGCAGAACAGACUUCCAACAAGGUGAUGCCACAACUCUAUAUAACUCCAUUCACAACAAGAUCUUUAACCUCCCUGAAGACUACCUACUAUUUCCUGGACAUGACUACAGAGGUAUGAGUGUGACCACAGUUGCAGAGGAAAAAGAGUUCAAUCCUCGCUUGACACAUAGCCUGGAAGAUUUUACAUUCAUCAUGAGUACCUUGGGACUUGCUGCACCAAAGAAAAUUGAUCAAUCUAUCCCAAUGAAUAUGUUGGAUGGAAUAUUAGAAAAAGGAAAACAAGAUGGUCACAUGCAAGAAGCUGAUCAAAGUGGACCAAAGCAACAUGGCAACCAUUGAAAAUGAUCAAUUUUACAAACAGUAUCAAAACAAGGCCAUGGCAUCCUGACAGAACACUYAAAAAAUGACACAGUACACAUCUCUUGCAUUUUGACACUACCAUGUUUGUCAUUUUAAAGCCUUGUUUUAAAAGUCAUGUGUAUAACUAUUGUACAGAGGGUAAACAGCAAUAUGAAAAUAAACAUUGUAUUACUGCUAGAGUUUUUUUUUUGAUAACACAAUAAAACUGCAUUACAAGAAGUUGCAAACACAACUAGAAUAAUUUAUAACAUAUCAUUUCUACCAUUUAUAUGUUGACAAUAUGGAAUGAUGCUGAAGUUUUAUUAAAGGUAUAAUUUUAUGCAUU